AUGUCAGAGGUCCGCAGCAGACUCGAGCGCUGGCUGCAGCCCAAACAGGGACUCGCCUUUCUAGGGGUGAAAGGGCCAGAGAAGGGCGCCCCCUGGCGGGAGCCAACUCCCCUCAAUCCGGCCCGGACGCCAAACCGGCGCGAACCCACCCGUGCCCGCCAACCCUCCAAGCGUUCUCCCGCUGCGACCCUAAAUCUGGAUGUGCUCGAGUUUCGGAUUCACCGAGCACCUACCGGAGUCUCGGCUUCCCCAAACCGCACACACCGCGUUCGGAGUAAAGGGGGACCCCCCCCGGAAGAAAAGCGUGGCGCCCCCGCCCCGCUCCCAGAGACCCUGAAGACGGCCGGCCCUCAGUGGCCCCGCUGGGGCGGGCAAUCCCCACAGCCCUGA